GUCAUGUGCCAAAACAAGGAAGUCGAAAAAUGAACGUUGAUUCUUAAUGAAAUUCUAAAUGAAAGCUAGGUUUGUUUUUAACCAACUAAUUUCAAAACGCCUCGUAUAUUUUCGAAAUACUGUGGACCUUAAAAAAAAAAAACACGUGCAAUUAACAUGUUCUGCACAAAAAUUGCAGUUGAAACUGAAAGCUAACGUUAUUUCUUUUGCAAAACUUUUGUCAAAAUGCUUCUGUGUUUUAUAUUGAUGUUUUUGUUGCCAUUUGGUCAAGCAACAUUGCCUCUUGUUAUAAACACAUGGCCAUUCGAGCAUGCUACAGUGGCAGCGUGGAGUGCUCUGCAGGCUGGGGGCUCUGUGCUGGAUGCCGUGGAGAAGGGCUGUGCCCGCUGCGAGGCUGACCAGUGUGAUGGCAGUGUGGGGUUUGGAGGGAGCCCAGAUGAGAGAGGAGAGACCACCCUGGAUGCCAUGAUCAUGAAUGGUAAUACAAUGGAGGUGGGCGCUGUAGGAGACCUGCGGAGAAUCAAGAAUGCCAUUGGGGUGGCCAGAGCUGUGAUGGAACGCACCGACCACACACUACUGGUGGGCGAGUCAGCAUCAGUCUUUGCUGAGAACAUGGGCUUCACUGCAGAAGACCUUACAACCAACAAAUCUAUCAGCAUUUUCACACAGUGGUUGAAGGACAACUGCCAACCCAAUUAUCGCAAGAAUGUUUCCCCAGAUCCUUCACAGUACUGUGGACCAUACAAACCUGGAGCCACAUUGAGGCAGAGGAGAAAACGACAGAUUGAUAUACAUGCACAUGACACUAUUGGGAUGAUCGUGAUUGGUAAAGAUGGCCAAGUUGCAGCAGGAACAUCAACCAAUGGAGCGAACCACAAGGUCCCGGGGCGUGUAGGGGACUCUCCCAUCGCUGGAGCAGGGUCCUACGCCGACAGCACCGCAGGGGGUGCGGCAGCAACGGGAGAUGGAGAUGUCAUGAUGCGCUUCCUACCUAGUUACCUGGCUGUGGAGCUAAUGAAGACAGGAACAGAUCCAUCCACUGCUUGUAAGACAUCCAUCUCCAGGAUCAAGAUACAUUACCCAGGGUUCUUUGGAGCUGUCAUCUGUGCCAACACAACAGGCCACUAUGGUGCUGCAUGCAACAAAGUUCCUGGCUUCUCCAAAUUUACUUUUGUGGUGUACAACUCUCAGCCCAAUUCUCCACUUUUACAAUCAGUUGAUUGUUUUUAAAACCAUUCAAUGUUAAUUUGAGCAACCAGGAAGGAUGGAGAUUCCUGGACCAUUUUCUGCCCACUGGAAGAAAUCACACUGCUUGCCCUUUGGAAAACUACAUACGUAAAAGUUGCGGCCGUUGUUUGGUCCUAGUUUGAGUACAGUCCUCAUCAGGCAGCGUUUUGCAUGGUUACAGAAUGGAAAGUGUGUAUCAGCCCACUAAGGACAUAAGAGAGAAUACAGUCAUUCUGAGGCACCAGUUUUUCCUGGUCAGUCUGUAAAUCAGGAGGAAAAUACGUCUUCAAAAUGUACUUGUUUAUGUUUGAACAAACACAUAUCUACUUGCUAAUGGACAUGUAGACCAAUUCCCCCAUAAUUCUUACCUCAAAGAAUUUGCACUGUGUCUCCCUGGGGAGCGAGCAGGUGUAGAACUGUCUUCCUUUGUUGUCCCCCUGCUUGGUGACCAAUCGGAGCACACUGGGCCGCCCAUGGGACACACAGCAAGGGUUGCUGGGAGGGGACUGGGUCUGCGUAACCCCAGUUGGUGCAUUAUUUUGAGGGGGGCUGACAGGUGGAGAAAAGUAUUCUUGUUAGAUAAAUGGUAUAACAUUCACUGUCAAAGGAUCAGCUGUUAAUUUAAAUAGAGUAUGUUUAAUUAUCGCUACACUUGAUACCAUCUUUGAAUUUAAACCAUUCCACAUGCAUUUGUUGGCAUACAACAGUUUCAGUGAACAUUUUAUUUAGCACACUGACCUACAUUCUGAGCUCACUGAGCGGAGCAACACGUACAGUAUGGUCACUAAUCAACUAUUCUGUAAAGUACAGAGAGCAGGAGGCUUUUCCAUCCCAGUUACCCACACAAAAGUCAAACUACCUUGUUAUAAUAUUUUACUUAUAAAUACGAAAGCACCACCAUUCACUCACCUCAAAUUAUGGUGGGUUCCAUUUUGAGGUUUGUUACUGACAGAAAAGGGACUGUGAUCAAUUCUCAUUUUCUUGUGCGGCUGACUGUAGGAGACCAUUGUUGCUUCCCCUUUGGAGAGCGCCCCGCUUUUGUCCUGCCAGCCACCAGAGGCAUAAUUGGGACUACUUAUUUUUCCCUGGGAGACAUCGUGUUUAUUUAAACCUCUUGCUGUGGAAUUUAACUGACUGUUGGUAGAGGAUAGGGGAAGGGGAGAGUUGACGCAGCUCGCCUUUGGGCUGAGGUCGGUGAACAUCAGGGUGGUGUUCCCGAAUGCGGCCCUGCGGUUGACUUUCAGGCCCUCUUGUGGUUUGGAGAAGGCAUUGCAGGGGUACUUGAUCAGAUCUCUGGUGAAGGGUGAACUCUCGGGGCUGACAUUGUCUUUGGGGACUGUGGAGGGGACGAGGACAGUGGGAAAACGGUUUAUUUUAUUCAACAACAUCAAUUAGAUUCACAUUCUAUUCUGUUAGUUUAGAGCUGGAUUUUUGGCCUGAAGGGUAGGGUAACUAAACUGAGAUUCAACAUUGAGAAUACUUUAUUAGUCCAGGAGGAGGCUCAUUCUGGGUCAAGGAAACCUGCACACACACAUAAAACCAGACCUAAAUGUGAUUAGAAUUGGUUUGACACAACCACAUUCGUCCAUAUAAGAGUAGUUGACUACUCACGCUCAGGCCUAGGGGUCAGGCAGGCAUCACAGGCCUUGCUCAUAGGCUGGUUGAUCAGAGUGCAGAGUUGACAGGCCCACUCCUCUUCCUCCCUCUUGGCCACAUGAUCGUUGCUCCCCAUGCUGCCUUGGUAAGCCCAGCCAACUAACGUGUUCCUGGUUGGGAGCUUGCUAAAGAAAAGGAAGUAUAAAGGAAGACAAGUUCAAUUUGAGUCACAAAUACAUUGAAUUCUUGUCCACCAGUACUUUUUACAUUCAGAUUGUACUAUAUAUGCAAAAUUCACCUACAAGAUGCAUAAUGGCUUCAAUAAAAAAAAAAUUAAAACAUG